AUGUCUUCACCCGAGGCCCGUGCUGGAGUAAAGCGACCUCGCACUCAGUCGCUUCCCCCUCCGGCGCUCCCACAGCUUGUUGCCGAACAGAAUGUCCCGAUCCCCCCUGCAGACAAGGACUCCCAGCGUUUAAUCGUUGUCCUGUCUAAUGCCAGCCUCGAGACGUACAAAGCAUCCCACGGCGGAACUGGUCGGAAUGGCGUCCAGAGAGAGGAGAAGUACUCGCUGCUGAACAGUGACGAGCAUAUUGGAGUCAUGCGCAAGAUGAACCGCGAUAUCAGUGACGCGCGCCCUGACAUUACUCACCAGUGUCUUCUCACCCUGCUCGACUCACCUAUCAACAAGGCUGGCAAACUUCAGAUUUACAUCCACACUGCCAAAGGUGUCUUGAUUGAAGUAUCGCCCUCGGUUCGCAUUCCGCGAACUUUCAAACGCUUUGCUGGUUUGAUGGUCCAACUGCUGCACCGUCUGUCUAUCCGCUCCACCAACUCGCAGGAGAAGCUCUUGCGUGUCAUCCAGAAUCCCAUCACCGACCACCUGCCUCCCAACUGCCGCAAGGUUACACUCAGCUUCGAGGCCCCCUUGGUGAAGUGCAGGGACUACAUCGAUACCUUGGGUCCGAAGGAGAGUGUUUGCGUCUUUGUGGGUGCCAUGGCGAAAGGUGCAGAUACUUUUGCCGAUGGCCUCGUGGACGAGAAGAUAUCCAUCAGCAACUACAGCUUGUCAGCUAGUGUUGCCUGCAGCAAGUUCUGUCAUGCCGCCGAGGACUGCUGGGACAUUCAGUAA